UAGAAACCUCAAAUCAGUUCGGUUCGAAAUUUUCUGACAUUGCUUUUGCAAUUGUACAUUUGAGGUGUUUUUCAGGACCAAAUUAUCACGAUAGCAUAUGUGGCGGGACUUUGCAUGCAAAUGCAAAUGAGUCCGCUGAAUGCCGUGAUAUGUGGGCGGAAUGAGUUGACUGCAUCUGUGAUCAGAAUCCUUCGAAGAAACAAAUAUGUGAAUAUAGUUGGGUAUUGGUGUGAUUCUGUUAAGUCCCAACUUCAUGCAGAUGUGGCUGGUAUCAAGGUGAUUGGUGGCACUUUCGAGGACUUGCUGUCCAAUAAGGAAAUACAUUUCCUGUUUCUCUGUGAUACUCCUCUCAAUCAACAGAGUUUUGUUUCGCGACUUUGCGAUCAAAUUAAAUGUUUCCAGAAUUCAAAUGUUAAGCAAGUGUCGGAUCUGCCUUAUGUGAUAGUUUUUCCUCCUUUUUCACCAAAUUACGAUUUCGAGUUGCUUAAAUUAUUCCGAAAUAAAGUUGGUGUUGCAAUGCCCCUCAGAAGACUUCUCGUGUCAGCUUUGUUAUCUCGCCAUAUUAAUCGAAACAAACAGCUGAAGUUUUCAGAAACGUACGAGUCUGUCCAACUACCAGCACACUGGGAUUUGGGGAACCUGGAAAAAAUACACAUAAGACUGUCAACAAUAAACCUUAUUGAAAACUGUGAGUACUCGUGGCUAUGUGAAUCAGGAAAUAUGGGUGGGGGUUUGUUGAACAUCUUUUGUAGUAGUCUUAUUGACCUUGUGUAUUCACUCACUGGUUUACAGUUGACUUCAGUUACAUGCGUCUGUCGAACGUACGGAGGGAGUCUGAGUGGUCGGGAACGGUCUUUGCGUCGGAUUUCAUCAGAAGACUAUGUCACUGUGUUGGGUGAACUUGAUGUGGCUUCGGUGACAGAAUCUUGUAAACCGGUAGUUGUCAUCGUCAUUUCGUCAGACAUUCCAUUCUCAGAAGAUGUUGCAUGUAAACGUUCGGAAGUGUAUUCUUGUGAUAAUCACCGUUUCAAAUUGCAAGUGGAAAUAUGUGGAUCAGCUGGUUGUUUUGUGGCGGAUGAAAGCGAAAGGCAAAUAUCUUGGACAUCCCGAAAAUCUUGUUUACCAAAGGCUAAAUAUGUGUCUGAUGAGUAUUCCACUGUACGACCAAAGCACGAUUGUAAUGGUUUCUCACAUGAACGACCAGUACAACGAGUCAACGAUACAGAAUUGACUAAUGGGAAAGAUCAUUUUGAAUCAUACUCUACGGGUCUAGUGGAGACACAAACAAAUCACUUCCCUAGAACUCGGGCUAUCAGCAAGCCACCCUUCCAUAUUGAAAAAGUGAACGGAAUAACAGAAGUUGCACGUCUACCUUUGAAUGAUUCAACAUAUAACCUGGAGUCAGGCGAGGGUGUACAGUAUUGUCAACUAUCUGUAAUCGGAGAAUCAUGGUCCAAUUGGUUCAGUAGUUUAACGACAAACCUCCCUUCAGUUGAAUCUUUAAUAGCACUCCCAUCCCAUUGGAGUUAUAUUCAGUCGGUUAUACAAGCACUGGAUAAAUCUGCCAGGUUAAGAUGCUGGAUUGAUGUACAAACCGGUGAACGUAUGUAGAGUGUAUAUGCAUCCAAGAGAUGAGCGAAGGAUGUACCCUCUGGACGCUAUGAUCUUGGAUAUGCAAAGUAUGGUGUAUUUAGUCAAAUACAAAGAAUCUCUGCAUUGUAAUGUGAUGGAAACACCUGUGAUUUCUUCCUUGGCAAAUCUUGGAAAUCGAUAUUGUGAAAGUCAAUGAUUUUUGUACAGAUGAUCAGAUUCAACCUCAAUGUUGGUUGGUACCAUUUACUUUCACUCACUAAGUGUGAUUCAACGUUGAUUAUACUAACUUUAUUGCACAAAACUUGUAACAAAUUUCAUAAGAGUUGAAGAUGUAUUUUUAUAAAAUUUAAUUAACUAAAUAUGCCUAAUGCCGAA